GAAAAAAUGAGUUUCUUUUCUCUUCUCCCACUUAUUCUCGUGAACAUAAUAAUCAUCUUCUUAUUCAACUUGUCAACAGGUGCAGAUUCCACAUACAAUGUCCAAAACUAUGGAGCCAAAUCCGAUGGAAUAUCGGAUUCGUCCAAGGCCUUCGUUAGUGCAUGGACUGCAGCAUGUGCAUCUACUAGCCCAGCCACCAUUUACGUGCCAAAGGGAAGUUACCUUCUUGGUAAUGCAUAUUUCUAUGGUCAGACAUGCAAGAGUAAUGCCAUAACUAUACGCAUUGACGGCACACUUGUAGCUCCUUCUGACUAUAACGUUAUUGGCAAAUCUGGGAAUUGGAUUAAAUUCGAAAGAGUCACUGGAGUUUCUAUCAUUGGUGGAACCCUUGACGGCCAAGGUACCAGUCUUUGGGCAUGCAAAAACUCUGGGAAAGGUUGUCCUAAAGGAGUCACGACAUUAGCUUUUUACAACUCAAACAACAUUGCAAUAAGUGAAUUAACUUCACAAGACAGCCAAAUGUUCCACAUUUUGUUAGACGGCUGCCAUAAUGUGGAGUUACAAGGCGUGAAGGUUUCAGCUCCUCAAAACAGUCCCAACACUGAUGGAAUUCAUUUACAGUCAUCUUCGGAUGUUACCAUCCUGAAUUCCCAAAUAGGGACAGGAGAUGAUUGUCUCUCAAUUGGUCCUGGCAACUCCAACUUGUGGAUCGAAAACAUUGUCUGCGGCCCUGGCCAUGGAAUAAGCAUUGGGAGCUUAGGUUGGGAUAUACAAGAGCCAGGAGUACAAAAUGUGACAGUAAGAAGAGCAGCUUUUAGUGAGACUCAAAAUGGUGUGAGGGUCAAAACAUGGGCAAGGCCGAGCAAUGGAUUUGUUAGGAAUGUUCUUUUUCAACAUGUAGUUAUGAAUAACGUCGAAAAUCCCAUCAUCAUAGAUCAAAAUUACUGCCCUGGCAGUGGAAAUUGUCCUGAGGAGGGCUCAGGCAUCAGGGUUAGUGAAAUAACAUAUCAGGAUGUACACGGAACAUCGGCUACAGAAGUUGCAGUGAAAUUCGACUGUAGCAAAAUAAAUCCAUGUAAUGGGAUAACGCUACUGGACGUGAAACUCAGUUAUAAAAAUCAACCAGCCGAAGCUUCAUGUGUUAAUGCUGAAGGAAAGGCGUCUGGUCUACAACAACCAACUAGCUGUUUACAACUUUGA